UGCAGUGCGCGCGAAACAAUGGCCGUCUCUUAAGAGAGAUGUAAACAGACACAGAUUUAGUAUUUCUGAGGCUAUAUUUGCAGAAUGGCGAGUAAACGCAAGCUCGAAGAAGAUGCAGAAACGUUCGCCACUCCUAGCAAAGCCGCAAAAUUGUCGGAAGAAGUGAAAAGAUCUGGUCGAGUAAGAAAGAAACCAGCUAGAUUCAAAGAUACGGAAGAGGAAUCGGAUGAAGAAGGAGAAUUAGUAAAGACCCCUAAAAGUGCUGACAGUACCAGUCCGAUCCCUGUAAAGUCUGUUUUAAGUCCCAAGGGACCUGCAGCUGUACCAUUCAUCCUGAAACCAGAUGCAGUGGCAAGUCCAUCAAAAGGGCCCAAACUUAAGACAGUCAUCGCCAAAUCUCCGGGUGUAAUUAUCGUACAGAACCAAGGCCUAAUUGCGGCAAGUGUGGAGACCAAUCCUUUACCUGCAUCGCCACAUGUGGCAUCUGUUCCUACAGUAGCACCUAUUUCGGUGCCUGUUGUGGUCCAAGCACCAGUUAUGCCCCUUGUCCAGUCGCCAGUGGCUGUGAAAGCUCAGACACAACAGAGCAUCGAAUUGGACAAUAAAUCCGGAAGGGUGAGAAAGAAGUCAACCAAAGUACUGGAGAUGGAAGCAUUUGAGGAGGCAGAGCGAACAAAAACAACUGCAAAAAAAGUUCCUGAAGCUAAAGGAAGUCAAAAAUCACCUGCAGCUAGAAAAAGUGGUCAGAUUGUAGGGAAGGCUGUGGAUGCUGGUCUUACAGCUGUUACACUGACCGGUCUGUCUCAAGGAGUGGCCGCAGAGGUCGGCAAACUGACCGCAGUCAAGAUGGAGCCAGCAGAACAGAUGCUGGACACCAGUAUUCCACCUCAGGCUCUGUCGCAACCAGCCAUCCCAGGGAAAAUGGACCCUGCAUUGGCUAAUCUCCCACCAUUUCCUCCUUCAAAACUAGGAACUUCAUCAAAACCAGCCAUUCCUGGAAAGAUAGAUCCAGUGUUAGCAAAUCUUCCACCAUUUCCACCGUCAAAGCUUGGAAACUCUUCUAAAAAAGGGAAGAAAAAGAAGGAUGAAGUAGGUUCUCUACCUGCCCCACCUUUGAUUGCUCCUACAUCUCCAGUUAUAUCUGGUGCUAAAAAAGUCAAAACUACUCCAAAAGUUAAAAAACCCAAACAACCCGAUCUAAUGGAUACUGAACCACAUUUAGUGGGUGGGGCCAUGAUUGAGGACCAGGAGGUUGGUAUACUACAAUCUGGGACUUUGUCAGAUAACACUAUUAAAGUAAAAACAGAACCAGUAUCGCCAGGAAAGACUGUUAAAAAGGGGUUGAAAGCAUCGCCUCCUUCCAUCGAUCCAUCCCUCAUUGAAACUGGGAUACGCAUCCCACCCACCAUGGCAGGGCAAAGUGGUAGUGUCAUUAAAAUGUUAUUAAAUACUCCAACUCAAUUCUCUAGUCCGACAGUGUCCACUCAGUCUAUAAAUACUGGUGAAAAGGCACAGAAACACUCUCCUGAGUCCAUGGAUACCAGCAUUGUCAAGUCUGAAGCCAUGUACCUCGGAGAUGAAUCGACAAUUCUACUGUCCACAGAUAUUAUGGAGCAAACAGAGACAGUUGGGGAUGAGGAUGUGUUCGAUAAGAAAAAACCUAAAAAAAUCAUUAAAAAGACAAUUCUGAUGGAUCCAAUGGAUGACGAUGAUGAUGACGAUGACCUGGACGAUUUAGACGAUGAUGACGAUGAUUUUGACAAUGUUGAUGAAUCUGGUGAAUGGGAGUUUGAAAACCAGGACGGUAAGCUGGUAAUAGCAGAUUUUCCUAAGAAAGGAAAUGAGGAAGCAGAGGAAGAUAAACAUGCUAUGGAUUCAGGUAAAGGAAAGAAAUCUCCAAAACGACCAACCCCUAAAAAGCGAGCGCCAAGCAAGGGCAAGUCAGAAGGGGCAGACGCAGAUGGUGAGCAAGGCGAUGGAAAGAAAGGUGGAAAAGCAUCGAAGGAAAAGAAAAAGAAGCGACUGACUGCUUAUACCAUGUGGUGUAAUACUGUCCGAAACAAAGUCCUGAGUGAAAACCAAGGGAUGGAUUUUGCACAGCUCAGUAGGCGUUUGGGUGAAAUUUGGCAAGGCUUACCAGCAAAGGCAAAAAUGGCAUGGAAACGUAAAGCAAAGCGGGAAGCACGCAAGUUACUGGGAAAAGGUCUACUCAUCUCCACAUCCAAGGGCGGGGGUGGGGUCAUCACAACCACAAUCCCCUCCUCCCAAGCCAUGUCAGCUGCUGCAGCUGCUGCAGCCGCCAACACUACUGCCCAUGCCACGCCGACUCUACAAGCCACUCCCCCAUCACAGCCAGCAAAGGUCACUCCUAUUCAGCGUGAGGAACAAUCCACGACAAAGCAGGCAUUCGGAAUAGAACCCAUUGAUGUGUCUGCUCACCUGAAGUUGGUCGGGGAAUCACUCAGCAUUAUCGGGAUGAGGCUCCAGGAACACCGGGGACUGAUAGCAGUACAAGGAAGUCUCUCUGUUUUACUGGACUCGGUGUUGUGUGCCCUAGGACCAUUGAUGUGCCUCACCACUCAGAUCCCAGAAAUGAACGGGUGUUCCAGUGAAACUCACUCCAGGACUCUGGACAAUGUAGCCUUCUUUAUGCCCGGACUUUAACAAACAUACACACACUUGGACAGUUUCAGUUAUACCAGAAAGAUUUUUUUAAAACAUACACAAAUCUGGUCAGUUUCAGUUAUACCAGGAAGAUUUUUUUAAAACAUACACAAAUCUGGUCAUUUUCAGUUAUACCAGGAAGAUUUUUUUUAAACACUGUAUCAAUAUGGUUUUUUCAGAGAUCACCCAUCUGUCUGUUCAUUCAAAGACUUGGAUGAAGCUUUACAUACCAGAUUUAUUCAAAUGCCUGACCUUGAAUUACCUUCAAAGUUAUGAGGAUCAAAUAUAUUGGAGAAAACAAUUUUUUUUUUUUUUUUUGAUAGCCAAAUUAUUUCAUUCAUGCCAUCUUAAGUAAGUUUUUGGCAAAUGGCUAAAUAAGCAGCUUGGCGAUUGUGUAACAAGGUCCUAUCAUUCAGCAAUACACACUACUACUGAACAGGUGUACAUUUUGUUAGUAAUGUUACUGCUUAAAAGUGGUCAUAACACUGUAGUACAUUAUCUGCCACAAAAUUAUGUUUUAAAAAAAAAAUUAAUUCAAAACAGAAUUGUUGAAAUGUGCAGAUUUUAAAAUGAUUAAAAUGUUUUUUGUUGUACAUGUGCAUCAUGUAGAGGUAGAUGAUCACCGUCUAUACAGGAUUUUAUUUUCUGUGAAUUCAUUAAAAUUGUAUUUGCAUUAAUAA